AUGCCAGUCCAGUUAGCACCCGCUAUUGGAAUCGACCUUGGAACAACGUACUCCUGUGUUGGAGUUUUUCAACAUGGUAAAGUGGAGAUAAUUGCCAACGACCAAGGCAAUCGCACAACUCCCAGUUAUGUUGCCUUCACGGAAACUGAACGCUUGAUUGGAGAUUCUGAAAAGAGCCAAGCAACAUUAAACCCAAGCAACACUAUCUUUGAUGCCAAAAGACUGAUAGGUAGAAAAUUUGAAGACCCAACAGUGCAAUCGGACCGAAAGAAUUGGCCUUUCCAAGUCAUCAAUGAGUCUGGCAAGCCGAAGAUACGUGUACAGAAUAAGGGAACUUUGAAAACUUUUACGCCAGAGGAAAUAAGCUCUAUGGUGCUCACAAAGAUGAAAGAAACAGCAGAGGCUUACUUGGGACAGAAAGUCACGGAUGCAGUCAUUACUGUGCCUGCAUAUUUCAACGACUCUCAGAGACAGGCCACUAAAGAUGCUGGAAUGAUCGCUGGACUGAACGUUAAAAGGAUCAUCAAUGAACCUACAGCUGCCGCUCUUGCUUAUGGCUUGGAUAAAAACCUCAGCGGAGAAAAGAAUGUUCUGAUCUUCGAUCUGGGAGGGGGAACCUUUGACGUUUCGGUCUUGACAAUCGAUGAAGGAUCGCUGUUUAAAGUGCGAUCAACAGCCGGUAAUACGCAUCUGGGCGGAGAAGACUUCGACAAUCGUGUCGUGGAUCAUUUUGCUGAAGAAUUCAAGCGGAAAUUCAAGAAAGAUCUCAAAGGAAACCCGAGAGCCUUGCGCCGACUGAGGACUGCCUGUGAACGAGCCAAGAGAUCUCUCUCGUGCAGUACACAAGCAAGCAUAGAGAUCGAUUCACUUGCAGGCGGAAUUGAUUUUUAUAGCAAGAUAACCCGUGCCAAGUUUGAAGAACUGUGUAAUGAUCUGUUUCGCUCAUGUUUAGAACCGGUGGAGAAGGCGCUCAAAGAUGCUAACCUCGACAAGAACCAGAUACACGAGGUUGUUUUAGUAGGAGGAUCCACGAGAAUCCCAAGGGUACAGCAACUUCUCCAGGAGUUUUUCGAUGGCAAACAGCUGAACAAGACCAUAAACCCUGACGAGGCAGUAGCAUAUGGUGCUGCAUUCCAGGCGGCUAUCUUGUCUGGGGACCAAAGCUCCGAGAUUAAAGAUGUUUAAGCCUUGGAAUCGAAACCGCUGGUGGAGUGAUGACUACACUGAUAGCGCGCAACAGUCGCAUCCCAACCAAGUCUUUAAAAGAGUUCACAACUUACUCAGACAACCAGCCAGCAGUCACCAUUCAAGUGUAUGAAGGCGAGCGAACCAUGACCAAAGACAAUAACCUUUUAGGGCGAUUUGAGCUGACAGGAAUUCCCCCUGCCCCACGAGGAGUACCCAAAAUUGAGGUUUCCCUCGAUAUCGAUGCGAAUGGAAUCUUAAAUGUGUCUGCUAAGGACCAAAGCACUGGAAGAACCAAUACUAUCACCAUCACCAACGACAUCGGUAGGCUGUCCAAAGCGGACAUGGAUCGCAUGGUGGCUGAGGCCGAGAAAUUC